UUCGUUUUGUGUCUAGUUCAAUAAUAGUGAUUUUGCAAUGUGUAAUAUUACUAAUAAUUUUUAUAUGUGUAGCCUAUUAUUUAGGUUCUCUUUAAUUCUUAUAUAGUUCGUUGGUUAUAAGGUUUGGUAGCUGUUGUAGGCCUAACUUAAUUAUUUUACUGUAAGUUUGGCUAUCCAAUGUCUGCAUUCAAGCAUUUAGGUAAACACUUUACUACCCCAUGGUGCCUUAUUACUAAAACUAAACGUCAGAAAAACAUAUUAAAGUUGAAAACCCGUCGAGAGUUAUCAUUUAAUGCUGAUGUUAAGUAUGAUGUCAUUGUGGUUGGCGGAGGACAUGCAGGAACAGAAGCUUGUUCCGCGUCUGCGAGGAUGGGCUCGAAGACAUUACUUAUCACACAUAAACUGGAAACUGUUGGUGAAAUGUCAUGUAACCCAGCCUUUGGAGGAAUUGGCAAAGGACAUUUAAUGAGAGAGAUUGACGCCUUAGAUGGAGUUUGCUGCAGGAUUUGUGAUAGAUCCGGAAUACAAUACAAGGUAUUAAACACCAGAAAGGGCCCAGCUGUUUGGGGUCCAAGAGCUCAAAUUGAUAGGAAACUGUACAAACAGAAUGUUCAAGAGGAACUGUUCAAGAACACGCCCAACCUGGAUGUCUUGGUAGCGUCAGUGGAAGACUUGUUGUUGGAGCAGCCUACCAACCCCAGCAGUGACCAAGUACUUCAGCAGUGUGUAGGGGUGGUUUUGAAGAACGGACAGACAGUGAGGUGCCAAAGUGUUAUUCUAACCACAGGAACUUUCCUGAAGGGUCAGAUAAACAUUGGCCUAGACGUCAGACCUGCGGGACGGAUGGGAGACGAGCCAGCAAUUGGUCUGGCCGAUACUCUGCAUAGAUUGGACUUCAGGAUGGGGCGACUCAAAACUGGUACCCCACCGAGGCUAGACGGCCGGACAAUAGACUACAGUGUGUGUACUCCUCAGUAUGGAGACAACCCACCAGUGCCAUUCUCAUUCAUGAAUGACUCUGUCUGGAUUAAGCCUGAGGAGCAGAAGCUGUGUUACCUGACGAUGACGUCUAGAGAUGUAGAGAAACUGGUGGUAGACAACUUACACUGCAAUGUCCACGUGACAGGAGGCACUACGGGCCCUCGAUACUGUCCUAGCAUCGAGACAAAGACACUCAGGUUUAAAGGAAGAUGUCACCAGGUGUGGCUGGAGCCUGAGGGUCUAGACACCAAUGUAGUCUACCCUAAUGGUCUCUCUUGUACUCUACCAGCUGAGGUACAAGUGCAGAUGGUACACAGCAUACCUGGCUUGGAGCAAGCUGAGGUCUUACGUCCAGGGUAUGGAGUUGAAUAUGACUUUGUGGACCCCCGCGAGGUCCUUCCCACGCUGGAGACCAAGCGAGUGACGGGGCUAUAUUUGGCGGGGCAGAUCAACGGCACCACUGGCUACGAGGAGGCUGCUGCCCAGGGUAUACUGGCGGGGAUCAACUCUGCUUGUGCGGCUCUCGGUAGAGAGAAGCUAACAAUAGAUCGGACAGAAGGCUACAUCGGGGUGUUGGUGGAUGACUUGACUACGCAAGGCACCAACGAACCUUACAGAAUGUUCACCAGCAGAGCUGAGUUUAGACUGCUGCUGAGGCCAGACAACGCUGAUCUGCGGCUUACUGAGAAAGGUUACAACACUGGAUGUGUGUCAGAAAAGAGAAUGAAACGAUUUUUGAAAACGAAAGCUGAUCUGAAUGAAGCUAUUGAUCUGUGCAGCGAUGUCUCAAUGUCAAUUUAUCAUUGGCGCAAAAAUCUCGGCCUGCCCAUCCCCAACCAAGCCUCUACUACCAAAACAGCGCUGGAGUUGCUAUCUUGUAUCAACGACGGUGUGGACCCACAGAUGUUGCUGGACCGGAUGCCGCAGUACUUCCUCCCCUUGAGAGACAAGACGCAUGUGUUCCACAGACUCAUGGUAGAAGCCCUGUACCGCUCAGUGGUCGAGUCUCAACUACACGAGGUGGAGGCUGUGAGGAGAGAAGAGGCAUUGAUGAUACCUCCCAGCAUUGACUAUACUUCAGAGAAGAUGUCCUUGUCGUUUGAAGAUAGAGAGAAGCUUAUUGCAGUCCAACCUCAAACUAUUGCUGCAGCCAGCAGAGUUCCAGGCAUCAGUCCAUCGUCCAUUGUUCAACUCAUGUACCACAUCAAGAGGGAGUUAAAAGCUGUGUCUGUGUAAUAAUAGGGAAGGUAUAAUACUUUGUACUGUUCCAGAAGCUUAUGAUAUUCUCUGAUUUGUAUUAUAAUAAUAAUUUUCUUUACUGACAAGCAUUGUCAAAAUGUACAUUCAAUUUUCAAAACAACUCAAGUAAUAAUAUAUUAAUCUAAAUAACUGAGUCAUUCAAAACUAGGUAUAUAUCAUGUUUGUUUGGCAAUUAAACUAUUGUGCAGUCGUUUAUUAAUGUUUUUGUACUGUGUUUGGUUUUAGACUAGUGUGCUAAUAAAUAUUUUAUAGCCGUAAACUGCAU